AAAUCAAAUUGUGCAUCCCUCCGAGAAGCAUGAAGGUGUUCGUUGCCCUGUGUCUCGUCGCGGCGGUGUCCGCCAGCCUGGAGCCAGCCGGAUAUCGUCCUCCAGGUUCCGCUCCCUCGACGCGUUACCUGCCCGCCAGUAACUACCAGGCUUCAUCGCCCCGUCAACAGCCCUCGGCCAGGUACCUGCCGGCCAGCCAGUCGGAGAACUCUGCUACCCUGGCUCGUUUCUCAGCCCCAUCCAGCGCCUAUCUUCCCGCGAACAACUACCAAGCUCCCGCUCGAGCCUCCCCGUCGUCCUCGACGUUCUCCAACGCCCCGUCCGCGUCCUACGGAGUCCCCGCUUCAUCGCAGUACUCGGCGCCGGCUGCUGUUCCUGAAAAUCGUUACCUCCCGGCCAACAACGCUUUGACCGGAGGUGCCAACUCGGGAUACGGCUACGUGGAUGCUGAAAAUUCGGAACCUGCUAAGUACGAUUUCCAGUACGAGGUGAAGGACAACUACGACAACGACUUUGGACACCAAGAGAGCCGCGACGGCGAUGACACCAAGGGCAUGUACUUCGUUCUUCUUCCCGACGGACGCAAGCAGAUCGUCGAGUACACGGCCGACCAGGAAGGGUACAAGCCCAGGAUCUCGUACGAGGAGUCGAGGCAAGGAUACAACAACGCAUACAAUCAACGAAAUGGUCAGGCAGCAGGUUAUCCCGAAGGACCGUACUAAGAGUGGAAUGAGUUCCGUAAUGGUGGCUUGAUAAAUAGACACGUCAUAAAGGCGAUCAUGUAUUUAAAUGUACAUAUUGUGGCUACCGAUGUAUUAAUACCAUGUAAAAUAAAGAAAUUUUGUACCACGUGA